UUUUAGUCAUUCAUGAUGUCAUUGACAGUGUUUCCUCCUUUUUCCACAGAUAUCAUUGACAAGAGUGAACUAAAGCCGUUCUUCGAGAGCAACUGUUCUCAGAUUUAUUUUAUCUUCUAUGAAAAUUUCAUUACACUGGAAAGCAACUUAAAACAAAAAGGGAACAAAUCUCAAAGGGAGGAGCUGGACUCUAUCCUCUUUAUUUUUGAAAAAAUUCUACAACUUCUGCCUGAGAAAAUCUACAACCGAUGGCAGUUUCACAGCAUAGGUUCUAUUCUGAAAAAGCUUCUACACACUGGAAAUUCAUUCAAGAUCCGCUGUGAAGGGAUCCGUCUCUUCCUGCUGUGGCUGCAGGCCCUGAGGGACAACUGUGCUGAGGAGCAGUUCCUUAUCUUUGCUUGUCUGGUGCCAGGAUUCCCUGCUGUGCCCUCUUCAAGAGGGCCCUGCACCCUUGACACCAUUAUUUACAACCCCUUUUCCAACCCCCCUGAUGCCAAGGUGGUGCCUGAGGAGAUUACCCCGCUGGUUCCAGCUGUGGUAGGAGAAAAGGUUGCAGAUGACCAGACCUGUUACAUCCUUGAAACCCUGCUCAAGUACAUGGUCGUCCAGGCUUCCAGUUUAGAAUGGAAGAACAAAGAGAACCAGGGCACAGGCUUCAGGUUUCUCUUCAGCCUGUUCAAGAAGUACUACCUUCCACAUUUAUUUCCCUCCUUCACCAAGCUUACAAAUCUCUACAAACCUUUAUUAGACCUGCCCCACCACCGGCCAAAACCCUUGUAUGUGCCAGUGACGCGGAACAAUGAGAGCACCUUCUGCACCAGGGACCAGUACCUGGCACCCCGUGUGGCCUUUAUCACCUGGCUGGUCACCUUCUUCCUGGAGAAGAAGUACGUCAGCAGUGCUGCUGCGGCGCAGAGCGUCAAGAAUGGCACCGAGGUCCUUCCCAAACUCAUCCAGACUGUCACUGCAGGCAGUAGCAGCCAGGAGAAGGAUAAGACAUCAGAUGGGGAUACAAACGGGCCAACGGGGGAGCCUGAGAAGAGCCACUCCAACAGCAGCACGCUGUCAGAUCGGCGGCCCAGCGAUUCCAGUUUGUGUAGCAUUGAGGAGGAGCACCGCUAUGUCUAUGACAUGGUCCAGGGCAUCCUGCUUUCCACCAGGGACAAUGUGAAUUUUGUCAAUGAGGUCUUCCACCAGGCUUUCCUGCUGCCGUCCUGCGAGGCAUCAGCAACCAGGAAGGUGAUCAAAGUGUACAGGAAGUGGAUCCUGCAGGAGAAGCCAGGCUUCAUGACAGAGCCUGACACUACCCAGGCAGAUGACAUGGAUGACAGCUCUGAACAGAAACUCACCACAGAGACUAACAGCAUGCACGCACAGAUGAUAGAGAGUCACGGCCACAAACGGUCGUCCAGCUGGGGGAGGACUUACUCAUUCAGCAGCGCCAUCAGUCGGGGCUUUCUCACUGAGGACCAGAACAGGAAUAUCAAGGCUGGUAUCCAGCCCACACUACAGGUGUUCCUGACCAACUCAUCCAAUGUCUUUCUGUUGGAGCCAUGCCAGGAUGUACCUAAACUUCUGGAUAACCAGGUUGAGGUGUGCAAGGGUGUUCUAAGCAUCUACCGGCACAUGAUCAUGGAGCACACAAUGAAUACACAGACGUGGGAGCAGAUGCUGCAGGUCCUGCUGAGGAUAACUGAGGCAGUGAUGAAGAGGCCACAGGAAAACCAAAGAAAAGACAGCUUUGCUGAAAGUUUAGCAGCUAUACUCUUUAGGACCAUCAUUGUGGCGUGGGUGCGAGCCAACCUGUGUGUUUAUCUCCCGGGAGCUAUGGGACGAGCUGCUGGCAGUGCUGUCCUCUCUUACCUGCUGGGAGGAGCUGGAGUUUUCCAGGACUCCCAGAAGGCAGCAGCAGUGGCACGUUCCUUCUCACUGAGUUGGAGGAACCAGGGGGAGCAGAUUGGAGUUCAGGAGCCCAUGAGGAUUCGCUCCGCUACUACGUCGGGAGCUCCAGGUGUAGAGACAGCCCGUAAUAAUGUCCGACAGAAGGCCUCUGAUUACAAGAGUGACAAGUGA